AUGGCGGCGACAUGGCGGAGACCCUGGUUUAAACUCCUCGCUUUGGCGCUGUGCUCACUCAAGUCGCUCGUCCGAGGGGUGAGGAAUCUGCGACUCACCGUCGGCAAGUCGCACUGCUGGAUCGCGCCAGCGGGGCUGCGCAUACGCGUAUCGCAAUCGGCCACGUUGGUUGAGCAACCAACAGACACGCCGCACCUCACCGAGAUCUUGGAAUCCACAGCCAACCCGGGGCACGAUUCAGUAAAGCAGCACAUAGAGAACAUUCUCAACCCGACGGUCAGCUUGGAGUCACUCGUCAACAUCAUGGCGAGGGGCAAGCAGCCGAGGGCGGAGUCGUUGGGAGCGCCGGCCGAUUCCGAGGCGAGCACCGCCACGCAAAGCCCGGCGCGCGUGAAGAAAGUCAAGCAGAUACUGGCCAAAAAGCCGAAGGUGGAGUACGACAACGACUACAUCGAGCUGCAGUACGACACCAAGACGCAGCCCUUCAGGCACGUCGGGGAGAACGAGUGCUCCAUCCCCAACUUUUCGAAUGUGUGGAACGCAAUCGUGGACAUGCGGCAGGACAAAAACGCACCCGUUGACACCAUGGGCGCGCACUGCUGCGCUGACGAGAGCGCGGACAAGGCAACCUACGAAUACCAAACGCUCAUCGCGUGCAUGCUUUCAAGCCAGACCAAGGACGCCGUGACUGCUGCGGCGAUGGACGCGCUCAAGGCCCGUGGGCUGAACGUGGAGACCGUUGCAAAGAUGCCAGAGGAGGAGCUGGACUCACUCAUUUCCAAGGUCGGAUUCCACAAGACCAAGGCGAAGCACAUCAAGCAGGCGACCGACAUCAUCAUCGAACAGUACAACGGAAGGGUGCCAGACUCCAUCCAGGAGCUCGUCUCGCUGCCUGGGGUCGGACCCAAGAUGGCAAACCUCGUAAUGCAGCUGGCGUUCAAGCGUAUCAACGGCAUCGCCGUCGACCUGCACGUGCACAGGAUUGCCAACAGGUUGGGCUGGGUGAAGACCAAGACACCCGAAGAAACGAGGCUCAAGUUACAGGCCCUGCUGCCGCAGAAGCUGUGGGCGGAGAUAAACCACCUAUUGGUGGGUUUUGGGCAGACCAUUUGCGUCGCCGCGGGCCCCGGAUGCGCCACGUGCGCAGCCAACACAUGGUGCCCGACUGGGAGGGCGAACCUUGCAAAAUAA